ACGACAGUAGACAACGACUGGGCACCGCCCACUCCAGAGUCCGGCAUGGAGCUCCGCGAGCUGGGCGGCACGGGCCUCCGCGUCAGCGCCGUCGGCUUCGGCGCCUCCCCGCUCGGCCACGUCUUCGGGGACGUGCCCCGCGACGCCGCCCGCGCCGCCGUCCGCCGCGCGCUCGACCUCGGCGUCAACUUCUUCGACACCUCCCCGUACUACGGCGGCACGGUCUCGGAGUCCGUCCUCGGGGACUGCCUCCGCCACGCGGCCGUCCCGCGGGACCAGGUCGUCGUCGCCACCAAGUGCGGCCGCUACAAGGACGAGGGGUUCGACUUCUCCGCCGCCCGCGUCGCCCGCAGCGUCGACGAGAGCCUCGCCCGCCUGGGGCUCGACUACGUCGACAUCCUCCACGCCCACGACAUCGAGUUCACCAGCCUCGACCAGAUUGUGAACGAGACGAUUCCCGCGCUCCGGAAGAUCAAGGAGAGCGGGAAGGCGCGGUUCAUCGGGAUCACCGGGCUGCCCCUCAGCAUCUACCCUUACGUGCUCGACCGGGUGCCGCCAGGCUCGGUGGAUGUCAUCCUGUCCUACUGCCACUACGGGAUCAAUGACACCUCCCUGGUCGACCUGCUUCCCUACCUGAAGAGCAAGGGCGUUGGGGUUAUCACAGCUUCGCCCCUUGCGAUGGGUCUUCUCACAGAUAAUGGGCCGCCAGACUGGCACCCUGCACCGGAGGAACUUAAGUCGGCAUGCAGGGCAGCUGCAGAGCAUUGUAGCAAAAAGGGGAAAAGCAUCACAAAGCUAGCUAUGCAAUACAGCCUGAUGAACAAUGAAAUUUCAACAGUUCUUGUUGGGAUGAAUUCUUCGAAACAGGUGGAGGAGAAUGUGGCUGCUGCAAUGGAGUUGUCAACGUCAGGCAUUGACGAAGAACUUCUGCAUGAAGUUGAAGCAAUUCUUGAGCCUGUGAAGAACGUGACUUGGCCUAGCGGUAUCCAGCAAGCCUGAUGUCCUAUAGCUGCUUGCAGGCCCUCGUGAUCAACAUAUCACUUCUGUUCGAUUCGGUCAAUUGACUGCUGAUUGCAAAUUUGCAAUCCCGUAAGUUGUUGAUGAAAGUGAAUGAAGGUGAUGGUUGGGAUUUUAUGGGCGGGUCAUCUUGUAACGUGGACAUGUCAACCGAAGACAACAUGGACAAUAAAAGAUCGAAGCUGAUCGCUGAAUAAGCCUUUCCAAUACACCUGGGAUGGGUUAACCCAUAAGUUAUUUUGGUUGCCAAACAAU